AUGUCUCUCUCAACCUCGUUCAGAACUGCUCAAGUUUUGGGCCUUGGAGGUGCGAUAUGGCUUUCUGGAAACAUUGAAGCGCUGUCUCUCAUCUCAGUUCCCGCCCUGAGCAGGUCACAUAAGCAAGAUUCCGUUCCAGCCGGGCAUCUAGUUCGACAAUGGAAGUACAUAUACGAUGAUGGAAAAGUUCAAAACCCUUCCGUUGCAGCAAUAGCGAGUGCCAGUUUCGCCUACCUUGCGUGGUCCGUACGGCCAGGAACGGCGCUUAGUCUCAUCGUGCCCAAGAACAGCUUCCAGAUCUACAGCGCUGCGGCGCUUCUGGCAAUUGGGAUGGUCCCUUACACGAUGAUUUUCAUGUUGCCAACGAACAAUAAACUCAUGGCGAAGGCGGAGCAAGCUGCUAGUGCAAAAGGCGCUGUUGCGGCGGAUGAUAAGGAGGUCAUCGAUUUGUUGAGAAAGUGGUCAAUACUAAGCGGCAUUCGAAGCCUUGUGCCCCUGUUGGGAGGCGUUGUAUCAAUGGCGGCUAUUUUUGCAUAA